CAACGACAAAGAACCCCCCUUUAGUUACGAAACUAUUCAACACAUAUCCGAAAUAUGGCAUUCAAGUUUGUAUUCGCACUCGCUUUCGUCGCUGUUGCCAGCGCUGGAUACGCACCCAUUGCGCCGGUUUACCACGCAGCACCAGCCUCUGUUGCAUACCAUGCCGCGCCUGUUGCCGUCGCUCAAAAGGUUGUGGUCAAAUCGGAGGAAUACGAUCCUCAUCCACAAUACAAAUUCUCGUACGGCGUUGACGACAAACUGACUGGUGAUUCCAAGAGCCAAGUGGAGGAACGUGAUGGUGAUGUAGUUCGUGGUGAAUACUCGCUCAUCGACGCUGAUGGAUACAAACGUACUGUCCAAUACACUUCGGAUUCAGUGAAUGGUUUCAAUGCUGUCGUAAAUCGUGAACCACUUGUGAAGGCUGUUGCUGUCGCUCCAGUUGUAAAAACUGUGGCCCCAGUUGCUCACUAUGGCGCUCCUGUAGCUCACUACAGUGCCCCAGUGGCUCAUUAUUCUGCUCCAGCCGCACAUUACGCAUCGUAUGCCGCACCAGCCGUAUUAAAGUAUCACCAUUAAAAACUAGAACCAUUAUGAAUAUUUAUCUAAAUGAAUGAGCGAUUGUAUGAAAUAGUUUAGUUGAUGUUAUUCUUAUUUAUGUAU